AUGCUCCAGAACCAACUCAUCAUGGUUGCCUUGCCAGUUGUGUACUCCCUGACAGCAAUCAUCAGCAUCCCUGGAAACGUUUUCUCCCUCUGGAUACUCUUCUGCCACAUCAAGCCCAGAACCACCUCGGUCAUCUUCAUGAUUAAUCUUAGCAUCACCGAUCUUGCGCUGGCUUCCUGUUUCCCCUUCCAAAUUAAAUAUCACUAUGGUGGGAACAACUGGACUUUCGGCAGGCGCACGUGCAGCUUCGUCACAGUGAUGUUUUACGCAAACAUGUAUUGCUCCAUAAUCACUAUGACCUGCAUCAGUUUGGAGCGAUACUUGGGAGUGGUAAGACCAAUGACGUCUCAGAAAUGGAGAAGAAAGAGAUACGCGAUUGCCUGCUGCCUUGGAAUGUGGUUUCUUGUUCUGUUAGCCCUAUGGCCAUUAGAAGCGGAAGACCUGACUUUCGAAGUGAAAGAACUGAACAUUACCACAUGCUUCGAUGUGCUUAAGUGGAAAAUGCUUCCUAGUAUGGGGGCAUGGGCAGCUUUCCUUUUACUGCCCUUCUUCUUCUUCUUCUUGCUCCCAUUUAUAGUGACCAUAAUCUGUUACUUUAGCAUUAUUCGGAAGCUGAUCCAGGCCUCUAAGAAAUAUGGCAAUGGGCAGAAGAACCGAUCUAUCUACUUGGCCACCAUAGUCGUCUUGGUGUUCAUCAUUUGUUUUGCUCCCAACAACUUUGUCCUGCUGGUGCACAUCAUCAGCCGCCUCCGUAAACAGGAAGGCUACUACUACAUUUACAAACUCACCUUGUGCUUCAGCUGCCUCAACAACUGCAUCGAUCCAUUCAUCUACUACUUUGCAUCCAAGGAGUUCUAUCAGACAUUCAUGCAGGUGAUCGGCAAGAAGGUGCCUCUGAUGGAAAGCUGGGAAAGUAGAAGGGAAAGCAUGUUCUCUGCCAGGACGACGUCGGCAAGAUCGAUGUCAAGCGGACACGCGGAAGGGGUGGCGGAACAUAGACCAUGUUUGCAAAGAAGUGAAAGUGUGUUUUGA